AUGUCGAAUCAGAAUAAGAACAAUCUACCACCAUGGUAUAGCGGUGGGAAUGAACCUUCAUCGGGAUGGAUACCUAGUUGGAAUCACGUAUCUAUGGAUUCUUCCAACUCAACUAACCCACAACAAACUCAACCGUCCUAUCAACCUCAGGAUAACCCCCAUUGGUAUCCUGGUCAAUUAGAAACGCCCACACCGGAGCUGGACCCUACCCGUGGAGAUCCAGCACCUCCUCGACCACCUGUCCGAAAUCCCUCUGAAAGACAACAACAACAGCGACAUGAACAACUGCAGCAAUCACAAUAUUAUGAUCAAGCUUUCUCACGCGCUCCAUCCGCUAACACGGCGACUGAGUCUCAGCCUCAACAAGCCCCACGCUCAUCAUCCAUCAUGCCCUCACCUAGGACUAGCUCGGUGACCACCCAGGCCACACCCGCCAAGACAGACUCCACCGAAGCCGGUCCCAGCGAGUCGUCGAAGCAGACGGAUAGAAAAGGAGGGGCAGGAGGGGCCGGGGCAUUAGGAAAGAAGAGAAAGAGGAAGUCUCAAGCUGCAGCAGAAGUUGAUGAUCAAUUGGCACCUUCGCCUUCGGAACCCGAUAAGGAUAAGGAGAAAAGAACGAAAACGGGUAGAGCGUGCGAUGCUUGUCGAACUAAGAAGAUUCGUUGCGAUAUCCUGCCAUCGGGUGAUGCUCCCUCUGGAUUGGACUCUCAGCCAAUCUGUGCGCACUGUAAACAGAGCAAUCUAGAAUGUACCUUCUUCUUACCAAUUACAGAGACAAGAUUUAAGAAAAAACGUCAGACUGCAGAUAAACUUCAAGCUCCCUCGGCAGAUACACAGACACAAUCCACCGGUGUCGUCACGAGCGGUUCGUCCAUGCAGCAUCAAGGGAGUCCCGAUACAUACGACUAUGAGAAUAUGGGUGGCGGAGCGACAAAGUCAAACGAUAGAGGUGGUGGAAGAGUGGAAGGUCCGACAUCGAUCGCAUUUCUUCUACAUACUACCAUCCCUACCAUCCCUUCCGAAGCGUUCGAUCUUCGCCAUCACAACUCAUGGGAAGUACUUGAAGAUGGUAAUGGUGUGAUCAGAGUGAACGCCCCUCCUUCCGCUCCUUUACACGCAGAUGCCGACCCAUCCGACCCCACACGAGCUCAUAAUCGAUUGAACAAACCUAUCUUAUCGGGUCAAAUGAUGUCUCUUUUGGUCAAUGCAUAUUUCAGCGAAGUAGCCCCUUUAUUCCCCAUCGUUUCCAGAGCUGAAUUCGCAGCCAAGACCACUCCAAGUCCACUUAUGCUAUAUUCGAUUUGUGGACUGGGCGCUACUAGGAGACAGUUCCCCAGAGAGAUAUUCGCUGGUGUGAGGGGGGUGAUCAAUGGGUUACUUAGAAGUAAUGAUAUUUUGAGUGAUGCUAAAUUUGAGAAUGUACAAGCGCUACUUUUGCUGGCUCAAGUAGGAGAUUUACAUGCUCAACCUACAGCUGCCACUGCGAGUGCUUCCCUAAUACGUACAGGCGCAGCGAUUCGUAUGGCACAAGAUCUAGGGUUACAUCGAGAAUCAGCAUUGCGUGCGCAAGGGCCGCAGGAUCUAGCGUACGUGGAACUAAGGAGGAGAGUAUGGGCAACUUGCGUUAUAAUGGAUAGGUGGUAUGGCGCAGCACUAGGUAUACCGCUGUUGAUCGAUUUACUAGAUUGUGAUGUCCUCCUACCGGCGCCCUACGCCAUAUCAAGCUUGACCGAACCAUCUGAAUGGCCACUGGAGCCCGACUUCAUGGCUCUCUCGGAACAUCUCAAAUUGUCGAUCCUCAUUGGGAGAGUAUUGAAGAUGAUAUACUCACCUACAGGGUUGAAACAUGCUACCGAUGCGCAAUUAGCAGGAUUGGUCAGCGAUAUGGAGAAAUGGAAAGAACAGCUACCUGAAGAACUACAGUUUCAAGGCAAAGAGAGCCCGCAUGUGGCGGGUCUACUUCACUUAGGCUACACCGCAUUGCAGUUCCUAUUCUGGCGUGUAUUCAUGCGAAUCACCUACUCUUGUCCACCCCACUUGACAUUCUGCGUCAAGGUUUCGCACUGGUCGAAAAUGAUCGCUUGGUCAAGAGACGCCUUGGAAUGGCUAGACGCCAAUGACGAUGCCCUCGACACACUCUUUGUCUUUCCUUAUGCUGCGACAAGCUGUGCGCUCAUUCAGUAUCAUACCUGGGCGAGAAGGGGGGAUAGCGUUGCGCUCGACACACUCAAGUUAGUAAAGGAAACAGCAACGAGGUGGGAACAUGCCGUACAACCUGAUCAAAUGUCAAUUCGUCGUAAGACCUGCGAGACAAUGACACUACUAUACGAAGCUGCCCUCAAGACCGAUCCCGAUAGUCAAGAGAAUCGAAUGGCACCGAAACUACCUGCCAAUCCCACUGCGGGAGUCAUACCUAGACAAGGCGGAUUUAGUAAAUUGCAGUUCAAGAAGGACGAAAGUAUGAAAGGUGGUGGAGUGUUUGUAGCGGAAAGUGAGACAGAACGAAAUCUUAGUGGACUCAACCGGGGAGAUGUGGUACUCUCAUCAGGCAUUGAUCCGGAGCAAGCUCAGGAUCUACAGGAUCAGGCUCAUGAUCGAGUUCAAACGCAUGAUGGACAAAUUGCCAAGGCAAACGUAUCAGCAGAUCAGCAGGCUUCUGAAGGACCACAACAGGAUGUAUCUCAAGCAAAGGAUGCCAGUUUAAAGGAUGACUUUCAAAUUAUGCCUAAAGGAUCUUAUAAUGUCAAUCCGCUUAUCAACCAGGAUGGAGCUUAUAGUGAUACCGGUAUGAACUUCAAUCAGUCUGAUGAAGGUGGAAUGGCUUUAGGUGGAGGGAUGAUGGAUAUUACCAGACAUACUCAACAAUUUCCUAUGCCAAAUUAUCCUACUCAACCUCACGAAUUGAAAGAAUACCAUUUUCAACAAAUACCAGGAUCGGGUGGUCAAGGAGGUAAACCUGAACAACAUGACACGCAAACUCAAACACAACCUCAUCAUAAUCAUCAGAUGUAUGCUGGUCCAGGACCCGGAUCUGCACAAGGGCCUGGAUCUGCACCGCAGUAUCAUCAGGGUUUACCUCAUGAACCACAUGACAAUAACAAGACGAAUGGAUAUUCCAAUAUCAACCCUUACUAUUUCAAUCAACAAGGACAAGGUCAUACAGGUCCACCCGAUAACAAUAAUAAUAUCAGCGGUAAUUUCGAUCCAUCCUUUUUGGAUUCUUUACCUGUUAGUACAUUCGAUUGGGAAUCCUGGACGAAUUACUUUGAUAAGUUCUUACCUGCUGCGAAUCAGAAUUUUGAGACUAUGCAGUGA